UCCAACGCUUCAGUUCCGCAAUCUUUGCGCGAGUACAGACAUCUGGAGGACGAGAAGAAGCGAGAGGCGCGCCUUAGGGCCGUGUGGGAAAGCUUGCCUGUGGUGUUGUCAGCAGAAAACAAAAAAUUCCACUCAACUUUGAACGUUGAGAUGACCUCCGAACGGGCAAAAGCGCUGAAGCACGCAUACCUCGUUGAAUUGACUGGAAAGUGCACGCAUCCAUCGCAUUAUCGUGGCCAAAAUGCCUCAUCGCGCUUGGAUUGGGUUGCGUUUAAGAGGUAUGCGGAUGCCAAGGAGAGAGAGUUGUGGGCGAUCUUUCAUGAUGAGCUAGAUCUCGACGGUAAUGGACAUUUAGAUGCCGCCGAAUGGGCAGCUGCGUUGCAAAAAACGGGGAUAUAUAUGUCUCCUCAAGCUUUAUCUGAUUUCAUGACUGCCGUCACUUCUUCUCCAGAUUCCCCUGCCAUAUCCUUUACAGAAUUCCGCGACUAUUUAUUACUCCUGCCGAGAGAGAUCUCUCCAAGAGAAAUACACCAGUAUUAUGAAAUGAGGAGGCUCAUGGGUGACGAUGGACGGGGCCCAGCACGUGUCACUAUGGAAGGUGACGUCAGUCUGAGUGGUGAAGAUAGCUCGUAUCACACCCAAUCACAUCAUGUAACAGCUGAAUCAUGGCAGCAGUCGCUGCCGACAGCUGACCAUUCGUACGAUGACCAUCAUGAUGCUGAUGAUACAGAUGAAGAGGAAGAGGAAGAUGACAGUCACCACCUCCUCGGCUCUUCGUCCCUCAAGUUCCUACUGGCGGGGGGCGUCGCCGGUGUUGUCUCGCGGACAGCAACCGCCCCUUUCGACCGUCUGAAGGUGUACUUGAUGACAACUUCUAUUGAUCUUGUGAGCUCUAACAUCUCAUUGAAUGCUGCACCGGCGACGUCGAGUGCACUCCAACGAGGGACACAGGUAAUAUGGCGAGCCAUCCUUAAUAUUUAUGCUGAGGGUGGUGUGCGAGCUUUUUGGGUUGGUAAUGCGUUGAACACCGCGAAAAUAAUGCCGGAAUCGGCCAUCAAAUUUAUGUCGUACGAGACUGCAAAACAAGCAUUUGCAAAAUACGUCGAUAAGGUGGACGACCCACGCGAGAUUUCUGGUGUUAGUCGAUUCAUCUCUGGUGGCAUUGGUGGGAUGACGAGCCAACUUGCAAUAUAUCCUAUAGAGACUUUGAAGACGCAAAUGAUGAGCACCGCUGGUAGCCAGACAAGAUCAUUGAUGCCUUCAAUAAAACGUGUCUGGGCGUUAGGUGGUUUCCCUGCCUAUUAUCGCGGGCUUGUUAUUGGUCUAGUUGGGGUAUUUCCUUAUUCCGCCAUCGACAUGUCCACCUUUGAGGCCCUCAAACUUGCAUAUGUGCGUUCAACAGGUAUAUCGGAGCCGGGCGUAUUAGCGCUCUUGGCCUUCGGGAGCAUUAGCGGAAGCGUGGGCGCUACAUCCGUGUACCCAAUCAACCUAAUCAGGACACGGUUACAGGCGAGCGGCUCUUCGGGGCACCCCCAGCGGUAUGAUGGAAUGAUGGACGUUAUAAGGAAAACCUAUUCAAAGGAAGGCUGGAAGAGUUUCUACAAAGGUUUGGUCCCAACCCUUGCUAAGGUUGUACCGGCCGUCUCGAUAUCGUAUGUUGUUUACGAAAGCACUAAACGGCAAUUAGGGGUUGCGUGAACUUGAUCGCUCUCCUGGUUUCAUCACGGACCGGCCCCCGCUGGCACACGCUUGCAUACACGAUUUCUAUGCUUAGACUACAUUCUCCUACGCU